GCGGGGUGCCGGCCGCCGGCUGGAGACUCCGCGGGAGCGCGGCCAGGCGGCCUCGCCAGGGAGCUGGCCGGGCUCCUCGCGAUCCCGCCGGGGUUUCGGCGGGGGACUGAGCGUGGGCUUCUCCCUCCGGCCAGGGCAAGCAGAGAGUAUGAAAGCCUACCUAAAGAGCGCAGAAGGCUUUUUUGUCCUGAAUAAAAGUACUACUGUUGGAAGGCAUGAAGACUCAGACCUUGUUUUAGAGUCUGCAGACAUCGACAACCAUCAUGCACUUAUUGAAUAUAAUGAGGCUGAGGACAGCUUUGUUCUCCAGGACUUCAAUUCCCGAAACGGCACCUUUGUCAACGAGUGCCACAUUCAGAAUGUGGCCGUGAAGCUGCUGCCCGGAGACAUCCUGAGAUUCGGGUCCGGAGGGCUGACCUACGAACUUGUCAUCGAAAACGCUCCCUCGGUCUCCUUCCCAUGGAUGAGUGGCUCGGUACCUUGGCCAAAACCACAGCCAACUCGAGGCACACAGCAGUCGAAACAGCCACCCUCGCCACCACAGAUACCCUUCCACCAGGGCAUCCGGCCAGCCCCAGUGCAGAGGAGCUGGUCCCAGGGGUUUCCCAGACCCACCAUGGUCCCGCCUGCCCCACACCAGCGGCCUGUGAGCGCUGGUGGGAAGAUGUUCUCCUUUGUGGUGGAUAGUACCCACAGGCCUCCCAUCAUCAAGCAAGUGUGGACCAAUGCUGUGGAACUGUCGGAACCGUCAGGGGUCGAUGGAGUUCCCAGGAUGGGACCUUCCAGGGAUAUUUAUGUGGACCAGGACACAGCCCAACAGGAUAAGGAUGAAAUCAUUCUGCUGCUGGGGAAAGAAAUCAGCCGCCUCUCGGAUUUUGAACUUGAAUCCAAAUACAAAGACGCGGUGAUAACGAAGCUGCAGAAUGAAGUGGCCAGCCUGAGCCAGAGGCUGUCGGAGUCCACCUCGUCCAGGCAGAGUCGGUUGCAGGAUCUGGAUGAGGACAUCGAUGCCAAACACAGAGAGAUCCAGAGCUUGAAAAACCAGAUCAGUGCCCUGCAGAAAGGCUACAGCCAGGUGCUGUGCCAGACACUGUCUGAGAGGAACUCAGAAAUCACAUCCCUGAAGAAUGAGGGUGAGAACUUGAGGAGGGACAAAGCCAUCACCUCAGGGAUGGUGUCAUCAUUGCAGAAAGAAUUGGUAACAAAGGAUGAGGAAAUCGAACGACUCAAACAGGAGGUGAACCAACUAAAAAGCGAGAACAAAGAAAAGGAUCACCAGCUUGAAGCCCUCAGCUCCAGGUGCUCCGUGCUGAAAGAAGAGUUACGGAAGGAAGAUGCGCACAAGGAGUACCAAGAAGCCCAAGGGAAAGAAUUAAAACUCUGCAAAAUCCAAAUCCAAGACAUGGAGAAAGAAAUGAAGAAGCUCAGGGAGGAGCUGAAGAAGAGUUGUACCGAGCAGAACGUGAUCUCCAAGACACUGCGAGAAAAGAGCAAGGUUGAAGAGAAGCUUCAGGAGGAUUCCAGAAGGAAAUUGCUCCAGCUACAAGAAAUGGGGAACAGAGAGAACCUCAUUAAAGUCAAUUUGGAAAGGGCAGUAGGUCAGCUGGAGCAUUUCAGAAGUCAAGUCAUCAAGGCCACCUACGGACGAGUGAAGCCAUUCCUGGACAAGCCCAUCACCGAUCAACAGCUAAUAGAGAAGAUUACCCAGGUCACUGAGGACAACAUCAACUUUCAGCAAAAAAAAUGGACGCUGCAGAAGGAGACUCAGCUCAGCAAUUCCAAACAGGAGGCAAUCAUAGAGAACAUGGAGAAGCUGAAGGCAUCUUUAGGCAGCUGUCAGGCUUGCAUGAAAAUGUCCUGCUGUAGCAAGGACCUGAAGAAAGAGGUGGACAUGCUUCAGAACCUUCAGGUGAGCCCACCUGUUUCAGGGCUCCAGAAGGUGGUGCUGGACAUCCUGCGUCUGUCGCUGUCCUGGCUGGAAGAAACGGAGCGUCUCCUCCGGGACGUCGGCAUCCAGUUAUCCAGCUCCGACACAGGAUUGUCUUUGUAUCUGGAAUAUCUUCUGGUAUAUUAUAAAAAAAUUACGAGCCAAACCCAGGAACUUCAGAUCAAAAUCCACAGUUCUCAGGAAACUCAGCAGUCUUUCAUGCAAGAGAAGCUGCGGGAGCAUCUGGCAGAGAAGGAGAAGCUGACUGAGGACAGGCUGCAGCAAGAGGAGAGGCUGAAAGCCAGAAUCAAGCGGCUGAUGGACGAGAAGGCGGCUUUGGAGGAAAGCAUUACUCAAGAGAAAAACAGAGCAAAAGAAACAUUAGAAGAAGAACAAAACAGAAUCCAAGAGCUGGAGAAUCGCUUAGCCCGCCAGAAGAAGGUCUGGGAGGAAAACAUUAUGCAAGAGAAAAGCAGAGUGAAGGAAGCAUUAGAAGAAGAACAGAAGAGGGUCCAAGAGCUGGAGAAUCGCUUAGCCCGCCAGAAGGAGAUUUUGGAGAACAGCAUGGCCUAUGAGAAAAGGAAAGCAAAGGAAGCUUUAGAGACAGAAAGGAGAAGAGUUCAAGAUCUGGAGAACCACUUGACCCAACAGAAGGAGAUUUCAGAGAGCAGCCUCGCCUACGAGAAACACAAAGCGAAAGAGGCCAUAGAGCAGGAAAAGAAGAAGGUGCAAGAUCUGGAGAACUACAUCACCAAGCAGAAGGAGAUUUCAGAGAGCAGCCUCACCUACGAGAAACACAAAGCGAAAGAGGCCAUAGAGCAGGAAAAGAAGAAGGUGCAAGAUCUGGAGAACUACAUCACCAAGCAGAAGGAGGAAAUAGACUUAAAAGUGCAAAAAGAAGGCGUUUUGAAUAAUAAAUUAAAUGAUGCACUGGCCAUGGUAGAAGAGACUCAGAAAAGCAAGACGGCCGAGAGCCUAAGAGCAGAGAACCUCAGCAUGAAAUUAAAUGAAACGUUAGCUGAACUGGAAACCACCAAGGCAAAAAUGCUCGUCAUGGAGGAGCGGAUACAGCUGCAACAGCAGACAGUGAAGGCCCUCCAGGAAGAACAGGACUCCCAGAAACAUGGAUUUGAAACAGAAAUCAGGGAAUAUAAGGAGCAAAUCAAACAGCACUCCCAGACUAUCGUGAGCCUUGAAGAAAGACUCCAAAAAGUGACCGAGCACCAUAAAAAAAUAGAAGGAGAGAUUGCAACAUUGAAGGACAGCGACCUAGCCCAGGAGGAGGUAAUGCAGCGAGACCCCCCACCGACGCCUCCAGUGGACAGCAGUGUCAAAGACGAAGUGUGUGACACCUUGAUAGGGGAUCUGCUGACCGCUCAGAAGGAAAUCCUAUCUCAGCAGGAGGUCAUCAUGAGGUUAAGGAAAAACCUCACAGAAGCUCACAACCGAAUGUCAGAUCUGAGAGGGGAGCUUAAUGAAAAGCAGAAGAUGGAACUGGAGCGGAACGUGGCGCUGGUCCAGCAGCAAAGCAGCGAGCUGAGAGCACUCAGGGAAAAGAUGGCGCAGCUGACCUGCCUGGUGGAAAGGAAGGACAGGGAGCUAGAGGUCCUCAAGGAGACGCUCAGGGCCUCCCAAGAGAAACACAGAGUCCAGCUGUAUAAGGAGAAGGAACAGAAGCCCAGGAAUGCGGCCAAGAUGUGUGACAUCUCAGUGCAGAUAGAACCGGUCCACACGGAAAUUCUCCUGAGCAGUCAAGAGGAACAAUCCUUCAGUGAUCUAGGGGCCAAGUGCAAAGGGUCCCGACAUGAGGAAAUCAUUCAGCGUCAGAAAAAGGCCUUGUCUGAACUGCGUGCACGAAUUAAGGAGCUCGAGAAGGCCUGCUCAUCAAAUCAUAAGGACCCGCUGACUGAAUCCUAUCUAGACUUAAAGACGGUCAGAAUGGAAAAAAAUGUCCAGAAAUUAUUGGACGCAAAACCUGAUAUGCCAACUCUCUCAAGAAUAGAGAUUGCAGCGCCUCAGAGUGGCCUUGCCAACUCAGCCGUCCCGCCCAUGGAAAAGUCAGGGAAAAUGGAUGUGGCUGAGGCUUUAGAUCUCAGUGAAAAGCUGUACAUGGACAUGAGCAAGACACUUGGGAGUCUGAUGAACAUCAAGGACAUGUCCGGUCACAUAUCCAUGAAAUACCUCUCUGCCAAAGAGAGAGAGAGAGUCAACCAGCUCCGACAAAGGGACCUCGAUCUGGUGUUCGAUAAGAUCACCCAACUCAAGAACCGGCUGGAGAGAAAAGAGGAGCUUUUGAGAGGAUACGAGAAAGACAUUGAACAGCUCAGGCAGAGCAAAGUGUCCAUGCAGAUGUACCAGUCGCAGAUGGCGAAGCUGGAGGACAGCAUCUACAAGGAGGCAGAGGAGAAGGCUCUGCUGAAGGAAGCUCUGGAGCGCACGGAGCACCAGCUGCACCAGGAGAAGCGGAUCAACAGGGCCAUCCGGCAGCAGAAGGAACGCUUAGAGGAUCACAAACAGAAAAAUGCAAAGGAAUCAACACCUUGCAACUGUUCCUUCAAAGAGAAAGAGAGGCAGAGACGAAUGUUUGUAGAGACGGUGAAGAACAAGAUGCAGAAUUCAAGUCCCCAGGUUGGAACCAGAAAAGCUGCCCCAAAGAUGGACCGAGAGAGGGAGAUGCCCAAGAGAGACUCAUCUAGCAAAUCCAGCCAGAGCCUUCUGUUUUCUAAGCCUGGCGACAGGAACUAGAAACAUCAUCCCAUCCGACCCUCCGUGAUCCUCCGUGAGUCACGUGUGUGACUCUCGCAUGUCAAAAUUCUAAGCCGCUUUCAUAGGACUUUAAAGGUUGUUAUCCUAGCAUGUUGCUAGACCUAGACUGGUGUUCGCACAAUGCUGUAUCAUGGAGCAUGCAGGGAUAGGGGUUCUUUUUAGACUGACUUAACAGAUGUUUACAUCCUCAGGCAUAUGAAGAAUGUACGGUUGAAGCCCAGGCUCCCAGGAUUGGUAGACACGAUGAUGUGGCGCGUCACACCCGAGCUGUGGCAUACCCACACAUCCACCCCCGCGGAGCUACAAGAAACCCACCACUGGCAAAACCCGAGACGCGUCCUGGGGCCGCCGGACGGAACGGCAACCUCACGGCGAGGCCGAGGCCGUGGUAGAGCACGUUUAUAUCUAAGUUAUUAUAAUAAAUUUAGCAUACCUAGUCCUCUUAUCGCUUCCGUAAUAAUGACUGACAUUUAUGUGGCACUCUGCAGUCUUCAAAAUGCUUCUCGCCUAAUCCUCCGCCAGACCCUGGGAGGUUAAUAGUAUUCUGAUCCCCAUGUUACAGAGGAAGAAGAUAAGGCCCAGAAAGGUUAAACUGCCUGUCUAAAGUCAUGCAGCUACUAAAUUCAAAACUGGGUCCUGAACCCAGUUUCUGACUCCCAUCCCCUCCUGCCCAUUUGACUGCACGAGGGGAGCAAUGACGGCCUCCCGAGGAGGACAGACCCAAGCACCCAGUCCCGGAAGGAAACACGCUGUCCAGGUGGACACACCCUUUCAUCACCAUGUUUGUAGAGACCCUCCUUCUUCUUGCUCCCAUGUUCUGCUCUCACCCCGUCCACCUGUCCACUUCCUGUCUUUCUGGUGUGGCCAGGACUGCCGAAUGAAAUGGGAGGAAGACCCAAAAGUCAUGAAUAUCAUUUCUUUUUUAUUUUUAAAAAGCCGCAAUAAACCUAUUUUGCUAUUUUAAAACCAAAUGGAUUCUUUAUACUGAUUAAAACUAGAAGGAAAUAGGAAAAGUUCUCGAUGUGAUAUCUCAUGGAAGGUAUAUUUUACACAGGGCUAAGAUCUAAAGUCAGUGGGGAAUGUGAGCAUUACCUGACCUUAAAAAUACUCUUGAGGGGUGCCUGGGUGGCUCAG